CUUCAGUUUGACAACAAGAGGACGCGAUGGGGGUUAAAGAGUUGUGGAGUAUCAUCCAGAGCUCUUCUGAUACUAUUAAUCUUGACACGUUGAGAGGCAAGACCAUUGCCAUUGAUUUGGCAGGAUGGACGGUAGACAGCCAGUGUCUAAAGGUUGUCAAUGCGGUGCACAUGAACAUAUACCUGAGAAAUUUAUUCUACAGAACGAAAGCCCUUCUCCUUCAGGGAACAAUUCCUGUGUUUGUUUUGGAAGGAAAACCACCUGACUUAAAGAAAAAAGCCAUAGGAGAAAGACUGAAUAUGAGAGAGGGAAAGAGUAAAGAUGCUGAAGUUAAAAAUUCACGAUGUGCACGUCAAGGAUUGAACAGAAUUCUCAGGGCCUGCGAGAAGAUGUUGAAACUCAUGGGGUUGACGUGUGUACGAGCACAUGGAGAAGCUGAAGCAAUGUGUGCAUAUCUAAACGCAGAUGGGCUCGUGGACGGCUGUAUUACUCAGGAUGGUGAUUGUUUUUUGUAUGGAGCAAGAAAAAUAUACAGAAAUUUUACGAUAACUGGGAAAUCUGGGACUGGAAAUACUGCAGAAGAAUACUCAAUAGAGAAAAUUGAAACUAUGUACAAAAUAGGUCGGAAUAAACUUGUUGCCCUGGCACUGCUCUGUGGGUGCGACUAUACACCUGGAGUUAACCUAGUUGGAAAAACAACUGCAUUGAAAUUUUUCAGUCACUUCCAGGACUCCGAAGUACUCAGAAGGAUGAAGAGUUGGAGGUACGACAAGAGCCCAGCACCAACAAAAGAAGAGCAAGCUGUGAAAUCAAAAUGUAUCCUGGUGGAUGAUUUCCCAAACCAAGAAGUCAUAGAUGAAUUCCUCGUACGAAAGGGUUCUAUGCCAACGAGCAUUGAUAAUUGGAAGCGUCCCAACGGCCCUGCGCUAAUAGAGUUUCUCGCGGAUAAUUUAAUUUGGGAUGUCUCCUACACUUUCAAACAUGUUCUCCCACUCGUUACAAGAUGGCAAAUCCUUAACUUCAUGGAUAUUCCUCCCGAACUACGCCCAAGUGAUCCAGAUAUUCUCAUCCCCGCAGAAAUAAAGAAGAAGAAAAAGCCUAGAGCAGUCCUCAGUUUCCAAAUCGAGUGGACAAUCUCACAAGACAGUAAUUAUCAUCUCGUUUUUCCUGACAUGAACGAAAAGUGUCUCGAAGACGCUGAGCUACUCUACACAACAGAAGGCGUGAACUACGUCAUGAGAUCUUAUGACAAGUUGGUCCAAGCAUUCGAGGAUCUCGAGGCUGCUAAGAAGAAGCCGGCAAAAAAACCAGCAAAGAAGACAGAAGUGAAGAAAAAACCUGAACAGCCUCUGAAACCGAAAACCAAAGGUAACAAAAUGGACGGUCCAUACAAAAGGAUCGAUGAUUAUUUCCAGGAGAGGAAAUCUAUAUCAUCCAGACAGAAAUCUAGACCAACGAAAAUUGUUCAGUCACAAAUACCUGAUCUUCCGAGUCCAGAGAAACUCACAGAGAACUUUAAUUCGAGGCUCGAUGGAACUAUCAAACAACUUUACGAUGAACUGAAAGCUGAGGAUUUUGCUAGUGAUGUAGAGGUUGAUUAUGCUGACAUGUCCAUGGUGAUUCGGAAGACAUGCAGCCAAUCCAACACGAUACUUCCGACAUUACUCUCACUGCAAUCAGACAGAUGGCCUUUAGAUUGUCUAUCAGAAGAGAAAGCUCAACCAAGUCCAGUGAAGGAUGAUAGAGAUGCACAGGAGCUUUCAUCUGAUGAUGAUAUGAUUUACGUAGAUCUUCGUGAACGUUUAAAAGGAAAAUUCAAACAAAACACACGGAGUGAAGAGGCUGUCUAGAGAAUUACUAUUAGAACAUUUUUACGUAAUCAUGUUGCCAGUGAGGUUGUACGUGCAUUUGAUGAAUAUCCUCUGAUUUCUAUAAGUGACAGAAUUUAAAUUAAAAAAUUGAUAUUUAAUAUAAUCAUGAGAUAAUCAAUUUGUGUGUCGGACAUCAGUAAACUAGUCUAAUAAACAUUUAAAUUAAUUAAA